CGGUCCCGCGCCCCUCGGCGUCCGCGCGCCCCGCGCCCGGCGGACGAGGCCGCGCCGGCCGCGCUGGGCGCGAUGGGGGCGGCGGAACCUCUGCAGUCGGUGCUCUGGGUGAAACAGCAACGCUGUGCGGUCAGCCUGGAGCCCGCUCGGGCUCUGCUACGCUGGUGGCGGAGUCCGGAACCCGGGCCCUGCGCGCCCGAUGCCGAUGCCUUCUCCGUGCCAGUGUCCGAGAUCAUCGCUGUCGAGGAAACAGACGUCCAUGAGAAACAGUCCUCCAGUGGCCGGUGGCAGAAAAUGGAAAAUCCGUUCGCAUUCACAGUGCACUGUGUGAAGCGAGCACGACAUCACCGCUGGAAGUGGGCACAGGUGACUUUCUGGAGUGCCGACGAGCAACUGUGUCACCUGUGGCUGCAGACCCUUCGUGAGCUGCUGGAGAGCCUGACUUCAAGACCAAAGCACUUGCUGGUAUUUAUCAACCCUUUCGGAGGGAAAGGCCAAGGCAAGCGCAUCUAUGAAAAAAAAGUGGCUCCUCUCUUCACCUUGGCUUCCAUCACCACCGAAAUCAUCAUCACUGAGCACGCCAAUCAAGCCAAGGAGACUUUAUAUGAGAUCAGCACAGACAGCUAUGAUGGCAUCGUGUGUGUCGGCGGGGAUGGCAUGUUCAGCGAGGUGCUGCAUGGGGUAAUUGGAAGGACACAGCAGAGCGCUGGCAUUGACCCCAAUCACCCCAGAGCUGUGCUGGUGCCUAGUACCCUCAGGAUCGGCAUCAUCCCUGCAGGGUCCACAGAUUGCGUGUGUUAUUCAACAGUGGGCACAAACGACGCAGAGACGUCAGCACUACACAUCAUUGUUGGGGACUCACUGGCCAUAGAUGUGUCCUCCGUGCACCACAACAGCACACUGCUGCGGUACUCGGUGUCUCUGCUGGGCUACGGUUUCUACGGGGACUUAAUCAAGGACAGUGAAAAGAAACGGUGGAUGGGCCUCGUCAGAUACGAUUUCUCAGGGUUGAAGACCUUUCUCUCUCAUCAGUACUAUGAAGGGACAGUGUCCUUCCUCCCAGCACAGCACACUGUGGGAUCCCCACGCGACAAGAAACCCUGCAGGGCUGGGUGCUUCGUGUGCAGGCAAAGCAAGCAGCAGCUGGAAGAUGAACAGAAGAAGUCCCUGUACGGCCUGGAGAACGCUGAAGAAGUGGAAGAGUGGCAGGUGGUGUGUGGGAAGUUCCUGGCUAUCAAUGCCACCAAUAUGUCUUGCGCUUGUCCCCGGAGCCCCGGGGGCCUGUCACCGGCUGCCCACCUGGGAGAUGGGUCUUCCGACCUCAUCCUCAUCCGGAAGUGCUCCAGGUUCAACUUCCUGAGAUUCCUCGUCCGGCACACCAACCAAGACGACCAGUUUGACUUCACUUUUGUUGAAGUGUACAGAGUCAAGAAAUUCCAGUUCAUAUCAAAGCAUGUGGAAGACGAGGACAGUGACCUGAAGGAACAAGGCAAGCAGCGGUUUGGGCAGAUCUGCAAGGACAGCCCCAGGUGCAGCUGCUCGGCCUCCAGAAGCUCCUGGAACUGUGAUGGAGAGAUCCUACACAGCCCCGCCAUUGAGGUCAGGGUCCACUGCCAGCUGGUGCGCCUCUUUGCCCGGGGAAUUGAAAAGUCCUAAGCAAGAAUCCCAAAGUCGAGCAGCCGUCUACCUUGAGCUUGGGGAGCGUGAAGAUCACUUAAGAAAAAUUUGACAGACCAAUUAUGUUGAUAUAUCCACUUGAAUUUAGAAAUUUAUUUUUGAUAGGUAAAUCUUGGUUUUAGAAAAGACAGCUUUGUCAAACAAUUCCGUAUCCAUACCUGGCACCCUUGGUUCUCUGUGCACUGGAGUCGCUUUUCACCUAACUUGUUCACAGCAAAUGGCUCUUGCUGGUUUGGGGCAUUGGCUUCCUAGAUUUUAGCCAUACUGACCAUGCAAAUUCCAAGACGGCCUUUUAGAGGCCAUACUGCAAUAAUUUUAGGGACAUUAUGAGUCCUUCCCAGGAAUCAGGAUAUAACAUCUGGACACACGGGUAAUGACCCAUCACUCUGAUCCCUUUAUGAGACUUUCUCUGGAGUUGUUUGUGACCAGGUUCGGGAAAGUUAAAUGGCUCGCUUUGCCUUCAUUUUGCACCCACCUUCAUUUAUGAUCAGGAUGUUGCUAUGUGGCCCUUGCUGUACGCCACAACCGUGACUCAGUGAGGGUGCUCCGCACAGAUGUGCCUACAGAGCCGGGCCAUGCCACUUCGAGAAGACACCCAGGGUGACGGCUCAUCCUCAGGACUCCCCCUCAUCCGCUGCCAUCAUAGCUGCAUCCCGUGAGACAAUCCAGCGAAGGACCCACUGGAGGUUUCAUUCCAUCAACCCUGGUAGCCUGUGCACUCCGGCCUGGGCUGUCUGUGAAGCACUAGCCAAAAGGAGGC